GGAGGUGCCCAGUGGAGGCCCGCGCCCAGUGAGGCGGGGUCUUUGCGGGGACUCCCGGGGGCCGGAACACGUGCGCAGGUCCCUUUAAGGUAAACCGGGUCGCCAGUGCCGCCACCGCGGUUACUAGGGAUAUAACGUCAUGCGCGGGCGGGGACGUGCGCGCCCGGGCGGAAGCGGAAGGGGCGGGGCUCCGCAGGCCGAGUCUCCAGCGCUGCCGCCGCCAGAGUCAGAGCCGGAGCCCGUGCGGGCUGAGCCGCUGAGGCAAGAUGGUGGACUAUAGCGUGUGGGACCACAUCGAGGUGUCUGACGAUGAGGACGAGACGCACCCCAACAUCGACACGGCCAGUCUCUUCCGCUGGCGGCACCAGGCCCGGGUGGAGCGCAUGGAGCAGUUCCAGAAGGAGAAGGAGGAGCUGGAGAGGGGCUGCCGCGAGUGCAGGCGCAAGGUGGCCGAGUGCCAGCGGAGGCUGAAGGAGCUGGAGGCGGCGGAGGGCGAGGGCAGCAAGGCGGAGCUAGAGCGGCUGCAGGCUGAGGCUCAGCAGCUGCGCAAGGAGGAGCGGAGCUGGGAGCAGAAGCUGGAGGAGAUGCGCAAGAAGGAGAAGAGCAUGCCCUGGAACGUGGACACGCUCAGCAAGGACGGCUUCAGCAAGAGCAUGGUCAACACCAAGCCAGAGCAGGCGGAGGAGGAGUCGGAGGAAGUGAGGGAGCAGAAACACAAAACGUUCGUGGAGAAGUACGAGAAACAGAUCAAGCACUUUGGCAUGCUCCGUCGCUGGGACGACAGCCAGAAGUACCUGUCGGACAACGUCCAUCUGGUGUGCGAGGAGACCGCCAACUACCUGGUCAUCUGGUGUAUCGACCUAGAGGUGGAGGAGAAAUGUGCACUCAUGGAGCAGGUGGCCCACCAGACCAUCGUCAUGCAGUUCAUCCUGGAGCUGGCUAAGAGCCUGAAGGUGGAUCCCCGCGCCUGCUUCCGGCAGUUCUUCACCAAGAUCAAGACAGCCGACCGCCAGUACAUGGAGGGCUUCAACGACGAACUGGAGGCCUUCAAGGAGCGCGUGCGGGGCCGCGCCAAGCUGCGCAUCGAGAAGGCCAUGAAGGAAUACGAGGAGGAGGAGCGCCGGAAGCGGCUCGGCCCCGGCGGCUUGGACCCCGUGGAGGUCUACGAGUCUCUCCCUGAGGAACUGCAGAAAUGCUUCGACGUGAAAGAUGUGCAGAUGCUUCAAGACGCCAUCAGCAAGAUGGACCCCACCGAUGCGAAGUACCACAUGCAGCGCUGCAUCGACUCUGGCCUCUGGGUCCCCAACUCCAAGUCCAGCGAGGCCAAGGAGGGGGAGGAGGCAGGCCCCGGGGACCCCUUGCUGGAAGCCGGCCCCAAGCCAGGCGACAAGAAGGAUGUCAGCGCGUGACUCGCCCCGGCUGCCGCCUGCCUGCCCGCAGGCCCCCGUGUGCCCCUUUUCAGAAAACAAAAAUAGAUGCCUCUCCCCAGCUCCUGGCUUCCUCCACUUGCGCUGCUCCGGCCCGGCCCGGGUCAGGGAGAGAGCUGCCCCCAUCCCACUGCCCCCACCUCAGUGCUCAUCCAAGUCUCUGCUUUGAGUCAAGGGGCUUCACUGCCUGCAGGCCACCCCCCCACCCCCCACCCAUCAGCAUUAUGCCAAAGGCCUGAGGGUCCAGGGAGGGGUGGAGGUCGCUAGGCUGGUCCGUGGGGUGUGGGGAGGGUCCCCAACCCAGAGGCCUGCUCCAGUCACUAUGGGCUCUGUUUUCACUGUUCAUCCGCUCUCGAGUCUUCUAUAUGGUAAACAGCAAUGAUCUACCAAUAAAGGAUUUCAGAUGCUCAGGGGGGCGUCUCGAGGGCUGUUGACACAGCUCUUCUCUUGGGGUGGGAGGGGAACCCAGUGAGUGUCAGAGGCCUGGCCUGUGUCGCCCCAGGCCUUAUCCUCCAGCUAUCUCUAUUCUGGUUCUCUCUAUUCUGGUUCCAGGCUCUUCUUACACAAGCUAUUCCACUGCCUAGAACAUUCUUCCCCAGGAUGCCUCUACGUUAGAGUUCUCAGCUACACCCCCCACUCUUUGUGGCUUGUCCUCCAGGCCCCCUGCUGCCACCCAUUCAGGAACAUCAUCCUCAAUCUCUGACCACUGCCCUUGGUCUCCAUGACCUCUUCCCUGGUCCGGAUCCCCGCCACCUCUGGCCUGCAGCCUGCCCCAGCCUCCUCCCCAUCUCCCCUUUCCACACCAGACGCCAACAGGCCGUGGCCGGAGGGUGGCCGUGAACAAGGUACAUCCUUCCCUCCCAGCAGAAGCCAAAAGCCCUCUCUGCAGCAGACAGGCGUGCACCUUCUGCCCGGUCCUCUCUCUGCCCUGGUCUCGUGUCCUCCCCUCUGUUCUCCCUCUCUCCUUGCAGGUUCUUGAGCACUUUAAAUUUCUCUUUAUCAGUGUGACCUUGGCAACUUCCUUAGCCUCAGUGUACCCCUCCUGUGCACAAUGAGUAAUGUUAGUGCCUUUCUCCUGGGGCAGUACUAAAAUGACAUCCUACCACAGGGCAAGCAUGGUGCCUGGCACUUAGAUGCUCAAAAUGCGGGCCUUGGUGUGUGCCUGUCCCUUUACCCAAACACCCUUCCCUGCAGCCCUCACAGGGCUCCUUUAUAAAGUAACAGAACGUUUGGGCCACAGAAAAGGGCCUCAAGAAUAGUAUACUAUGAUGAACAAAGACAUCAGUUUAAGAUGAAACCAACCAGUGAAUCCCUCUGCCUGCCCCUUUCCAGGAGACCCCACUCCCGGCAGCUGCUUGUCAUUCAGACCAGAGCUCAGUGCCACUUUUUCCCAGGAGCCCUCCCUGACCCGCCCGAGCUGCCCCUCACUUCCAGCCAGGCGGCUCGCCUCACCUGCCAUGUGCCAAGCUUUGUCAACCUCACGUCGUCCUCUCCCUUGCGCUGUGAGCACCACCAGGGCACAAACAGUGUCACGUGGUCCUCAGGUGCUCACAGUGCCCUGGAGGGGUCCUGGCGCGCAGUGGGGGGGUCAGUAAACCUCUACCAAAGCAAAGAGCCUUUAGGUGGUGUUGGUGCACGUUGGUUGCCACCGGGGGGCAAUAGUGAGCUGCAAACCCCAGUGGCCUCACCUAAAGCUUUUCAUACGGCGGGAACGGCAGCCAGGGAUCCAGAGGGCUUGGGCAGGAGGACGGCAUCCUAGAGUCCUUGGUAAAUCUCGCCUGUCCAGGAUUCAUCCAGGAUUGGCAAGUUCAUUGUUUACUGUGAAAACUUUCCAAGGUAGAAUCCAUAUUACUGGCUUUUCCUUCUGCCUCAGGCUCCAAUACAACUCAGCACUGUUACUGAUUCUUUGCUUAAGAUUUCAAUAUUUUGUGCGUGGGUGUUUUUGUUUUUUUUUUUUCCACAUUCAUUGUGCUUUUUAAAAAUAUUGCAUUAAAGUAUUUAUCUUGGUUACUGA